CGGAGGCGGCGGCUACAGGAGGCGCGCGAGGUCGGUGUGUGAGCGGCGGUGGGGCGCGCGCCAGCUCCGGGAGGCCGCGGAGGCCGGGGUGAGGGGCUGAGCCCGAACAGCCGAACAGAGCCGGUGUCUAGCACAGCCGGCGCCUCCGCUCUGUGGAGAAGCCCCCGCAGCCUGAGGGAUAUAAGAAAUGGCUACUCCCCAGUCAGUUUUCAUCUUUGCAAUCUGCAUUCUGAUGAUAACAGAAUUAAUUCUGGCCUCAAAAAGCUAUUAUGAUAUCUUAGGUGUGCCAAAAUCAGCAUCAGAGCGUCAAAUCAAGAAAGCCUUUCACAAGUUGGCCAUGAAGUACCACCCAGACAAAAAUAAGAGCCCUGAUGCUGAAGCAAAAUUCAGAGAGAUUGCAGAAGCAUAUGAAACACUCUCAGAUGCUAAUAGGCGAAAAGAAUAUGAUACACUUGGACACAGUACUUUUACUAAUGGUAAAGGACAGAGAGGUAGUGGAAGUCCUUUUGAGCAGUCAUUUAACUUCAAUUUUGAUGACUUAUUUAAAGACUUUGGCUUUUUUGGUCAAAACCAAAACACUCGGUCUAAGAAGCAAUUCGAAAAUCAUUUCCAGACACGUCAGGAUGGUUCUAGUAGACAAAGGCAUCAUUUCCAGGAGUUUUCUUUUGGAGGUGGACUGUUUGAUGACAUGUUUGAAGAUAUGGAAAAAAUGUUUUCUUUUAGUGGUUUUGACACCACCAAUCGGCACACAGUACAGACUGAAAAUAGAUUCCAUGGAUCUAGCAAGCACUGCAGGACUGUCACUCAACGAAGAGGGAAUAUGGUUACUACAUACACUGACUGUUCAGGACAGUAGUUCAUUUUUUCUCUGUUCUCACUAAACCAAACUGGUUGACUCUUCCUCAGUAUCUUUGAUGUAAAACAAUUUUCUGUGAACGAUUUUGACAAGUGCAUGAUUUCACUUUAAACAAUUUGAUAUAACUAUUUGUUUUUGACAGAUUCAGCAACAUUCAACUUGUAGGCAAAAUGCUGAUUAUUUCCUUAUUAGGAAAAGGUUUUUUUUUUAAAGAUAUAAUUCUGUCUAGUCCUUUUUCUCUACGUGCCCUUGAGCUGAUUAAUGUGGCCAGUCUUAUUACCAAGAAAAGAUUGGGUUUGUCUGGUACAUAUUUAAAAAUUAAACUUCAAAAAGUUACAGUAGAUUUAAAAUGUGUGAAUUUGAAUGAUUUUUGCAGUGAAACCUUUACUGAUGUAAAAUUGCAUGCUCUGUAGCAGCUGUGACUUGGGUAACUAAAUGUACAUGAAAUUGUGUAUUUGAGUCAUUCAGCAAAGGAGAACAGGAUCUUGGUUAAUAGCCACUGAAAGCUUUAGAAAGGGAUGGUUUGAUACUUAACACGGAACCAUGCUUUUCUACCAUAGAAUUGGUAUAAAAAAUGAUUUUAUUGCUCAUGGUUUUGGGGGCUGGAAAAAAGUAGAAAACGUAUGAAACAUUGCCAAGAGAUUGACUGUUUUGUCCCUGGCUAAAAAUGAUUUUGUAGUGUUGAAAUCAUAGCUACUUAUGCGUCUUUCACAUUUUUCUUAGUUGUCUGCACUCUAGGUCUUUGUAAAGUUUGUGUAUGUGUGUGUAGUUCCUCUUCUUUGUACUCAUCUUUAUCUAGAGAUUGACUAAUACCUCAUUCUGUUUGUAAAAGCAGCCAGUAAUUUCUGUGUAACCUUAUGUGCAAUAUUUUUAAAUCUUAAGAAAUGUGUGCUUUGUUUUCACAUAGACUUUUCUUUAGUUCUGCACUUUUCCACAUCAUACUUCAUAUGAGUAUUAAUCCUAUGGAUACAUAUUAAAACUAGCAAAUGUCUCAUACAACAGUGUAUGUGAGUGGGAAAUAUAAAUAUUUACAACCUGA